GUCAAACGAAAGUCAAAAGUGACUUGCCAACUUCUCGAGCGGGCCAAGCCGCGUUUAUUUAUUUAUUUCAUACUCAUUUUGUUGCGUCUUUGACCUAAUUAAAAAUAUCAAUCGGCACCACGUAACGCUUCCGUGUCCGUUAUUUUAAUGUAAUACAAUUUCUCUAAAAUGGCAGCAGUCGCGUUAAAAGUUAAAAGUAAAAACGGCCAGCAAAUCCUAAAGGACUUGACCUCUGAUAGUACUGUUGGUGAAUUGAAGGUGUUUUUGUCUAGUAUUGCUGAAAUAAGCGCGGAUAGAAUAUGUGUCUUGUGUGGUUACCCCCCGAAGCCAUUGGAUACUAGUGACGAUUCUAAAAAGCUAAAUGAAAUAGGUUUGAAAACCGGUGAAACUUUGAUAGUGGAAGAAAAGUCUGUGCAGACACCUAGUAAACCUACGCCUUUGAAGCCAGUGCAGAAUGGGGUGUCCCAUGAGCCAAUAGGGCCCAGCAGACCCGGCAUUUUAAUGAAGAAGGUGGUGCCUUCGGAUAAUUCUUGCCUUUUCACUAGUAUAGGUUUUGUAUUAAAUGGCCAAGUAGACACAACUGUACACACGUUGAUGCGACAGAUCAUCGCGAUGGAGGUGGCGAGCGACCAUGAGACUUACAACGAGGCAAUGCUGGGGAAGCCUAACGCGGAAUACUGUAUGUGGAUACAGCAGCCCAGCUCUUGGGGCGGUGCUAUUGAGGUGGCUAUUCUCUCUCGCUUCUACGGCAUAGAGAUGGCAGUCGUGGACACUCUGAACGCGAUCAUCAACCGUUUUGGGGAAGACAAGAAUUACGGCAACCGGGUGUUCCUACUGUUUGACGGGGUGCACUAUGACCCGCUGUAUUUGGAGCAGAAUGAUGGUGGCAUCCAAACCAUGUUCCCAGCCGAGGAUGUGGAGACCUACCGCGAGGCCGAACAGAUAGCCCACGAGGCCAAAUCCUCCCGCCAGUUCACCGACCUCAACAAGUUCACGCUCAAAUGCAUGAUCUGCGACAAACUUCUGACGGGACAGGUGGAGGCCCAGAAACAUGCUAAAGAGACGAAGCAUGCUAACUUUGGGGAGGUCUAGCGGAUGGUAGGUCUGUGGUUCCCAACAAGGAAUAAGUUCGAAUAUUGUUGUUAAUUUAACCCUUCAAUAUGUUCAAGCUCUACCGUGAGUCUACCGGACGCUUGACGGGUUAAACAAAGGCCGUCAGUUAUCCCCUGCGUAGACAUUACACAUUUUAGAGUUCUUUAGGGCUACCCCACACUAGCGUCUACUAAGCGUCGACGUCUAGUCAACUCUAUGGCUGCUGCUCGACGCAACGCUGGCGCAACUGCGCAGCGACGCCAUUUUUCAUAGCGAAGACUAGACGCCGACGCUCAAAAGACGCUAGUGUGGGUUCUCUCAUAAAGUUAACUUCAUGCUUUUAAAUAAAUGUAUGUAUUGAUAUAUCAUCCAAUUGAAUUUUAAUAGUUUAACGUCGAAGUAUCCUAAACUUUUGAUAUGCGUGGAUAUUGGCUCGCUUAGACUAUAUAUAGACGGUGAGAAAAAGGGAUCAUAAGGUUAUGAUCCCUGUCCAUGUGUGUCACAAAGUCCUGAAAUUUUUAUCGGCAGUAAUGGUAGUCGGACAACUUUUGUUUUUUGAUACACUUGUUGGGAACCACUGAGUUAAAUCAAUUUAUUUUUAAUGUAUUUGUACUUCUGAAAAAUGCACCGAUGCCAGUUUAAA